GCAGGUCAUGACGUCAGGGGGAAGGGAACGCAGAACCGCCAUUGCUCCAGCCACUCGCAUCAAACAAAGGAAAGAUUUUGUUUUCUCGGUGAUAAAAGCCAGCGGUUCAGCGAUUUCUAACUUAAGGGACAGUGAUGGAGGUUGGGGGAGUGGGCGGGGGGGAGCUGGGAUCAAGCACAGUGGUCGUGAGCAGUGAUGGAGAGCUGCAGUAUGAACUCAACCAACAGACAAACUCCUUUCUUGCCAAUACUCACAUAGUGCAGCAAGAUGGUGCCAACACAAUGCUCAGUCUGCCCAUCCAGUUUGUCCAGCUCCAUGACCCAGGGGGUGAAGGAGGGGGAGUGCGGGGGACUGGGGGCAUUUCAGGGUCUCAGGGUUUCAGUGGUCAUAUUGUUAUCAAGAAUGACCCUGAUGGAACUCGCACGCUGCUGCUUGACCCUUCGGAUGUUGGGCUGUCAGUGGGUGGUGAGGAUGGGGGAGAGAAUCGCUCAUACCACUGAGUGACUUCUCUGAGGUGGGCACUGGCUCCUCCCUCUCAGACCUGCAUGAGCGGAGUGGCUUCCUUCAGCUGGACGAGGGGAUGGUUAGCAUGAAUCAGGACAUGGGGCAGGGUGGCAUCAUCCUGGCCAGUGAUGCGGACUACCUCACUCAGAAGGACAACACCAUACCUCAGUUUGCGGCGCUUGAUAUUGUGGAAGGCCAGAUGGUGCUGAGAGCCACAGAGGCUGGCAUUGAUGAUACAGUGACCCUGGAGGGAGCCAGCCUUAUGAACUCAACCCUCAGCUCACAAGACUCCAUCCUGCCAGCUCAGAUACCCAUUUCUGUAAAGAGAGAACCAGACGUGGACCCUCCAGUGGGCAAAGGGCCGUACACCUGUCAGUUCUGUGGGCUAACACUGGAGAAGUGGGUGCAGCUUAAGAAGCAUCUCAAGAAGCACCUGGAGGACAAGCCGUACCGCUGCUUGGAGUGUGACGCAUCUUUCAAUGUUCAGAAAAACCUGCGUCUCCACCAGGCCUUGCAUGCAACGGAUUCCCUGGUGUGUCCUGAGUGUGAUAAGGUGUUCCGCAGGAUGGCAUCCUUCAAAUUUCACCUGGCACUGCAUGAGGAGGAUGAAUCAGUGACUUGUGAAAUCUGUCAGGAAGAGUUCAUAUCCCUGGCCCAGCUGGAGCCCCACUAUGAGCGCCACAACAUGACCAUGGGCCAGAUGGAGGUGCGCAAGAAGCCAAAUUUGGUGUGUCAAGAAUGUCGAGGAGAAUUCACCUCCCAUGAAAUGUUGACUCAUCACAUGAAAGUCCACAGGAAGGCAAAGAAGAUGGUAUCCUCAAAACCCAAGAGGAAAGUGCCUGACCGCUCCAGGUUUGAUAAUAAGUGUCUUCAGUGUGAUAAGAACUUCAUCAAGCCAUCACAGCUCAAGAGGCACAUGAUGAUCCACACUGGAGAGCGACCCUACAAGUGCACGUACCCAGGGUGUGACCGAGCCUUCAAUCAAAAGUACACAAUGCUCAUCCAUCUGGACAUCCACACAGGCCGUAAGGAUUACAAGUGCGAGUACUGCAAAAAGGAGUUUGUCCAGAAGAGCAACCUGCGAUGCCACAUUAAGCGUGUGCAUCCUGUCAACAAGGGUGGCCAGCAACUGUUUGAGUGUGAAGAGUGUUCCUGUGUGUUCAAACGUGCUGGCAGCCUCAACGCCCACAUUGCUCGUGCUCACACCAAUGAAGCCAUCAUUGGACUGGACACUGCAUCAGCUGACGUGCGAGAUGUGUUUAAAGAAAUACAAGAUCUGGAAAAGGCUGCUGCUCAGGGCAAUCAGAAGGACCUAUUGCCAAUGAGAGUGAGUCAGCCUCUCAAGAAGGACCUGGAGGCUGGUAGUCAGCAGGACAAACAGGGACAGGGAUUAGAGACAGGCAGCAGUGAGGCAAGCAGUUCAGCCCUUCAGGUGAAUGCCAGUGAAGGAGACAUCCUGCAGCAAGCCUUGAAGAACAUUGGCCUCUCUCAGUCCAAGGAGCAGAUGCACGUUCUGAAAGAUGGUGUGAAGAUGAAGGUGGAGGCGGAGGAUGGUGUGCAGACUGGCGAGAACUGUUGGCCGCUGGAUGAGCCAGAGCCACCCCGCGUGAAGGAGUUCAGCAGAGUGCGUAUCAUGACGCUGGUGGAUCGAAACCAGGAGAGUGGCGUGAAGAGGUUCCCUGUUUUAGUGAAGAUCGUGAGGGACAUGAAGUGGCAUAUAUGCACAUUCAAAGGUUGCACCAAAGAGUUCAAGAAACCAUCUGACCUUGUGCGUCACAUGAGAGUCCACACAAACGACAGGCCAUUCAAGUGUAACAAGUGUUUCCGUAACUUCGCGGUGAAGUCCACGUUGGUGGCACACAUGAAAAUCCACCAGGCAGUGAAGGAACACACCUGCAAACACUGCAACAAGAAGUUCACCACCAGUACUUCUCUCAGGGUGCAUUCCAGGCUACAUACAGGCCAGAAACCAUACUCCUGCUCCCAGUGCCACAAAGUUUUCCGCACCAUCUCUCACCGCAAUGCUCACAUGAUGUCCCACGCUCACUCACCACUGCGUCAGGCUCACAGCAAGAAGUACAUGGCACUGCCCAACAUCCCCCUCCAGGAACCCAUCCUCAUCACAACAGCUGGUCCAGUGAAGCAGCCAUCCCGCCACAGCCAGAUCUACCCCAAUGAGACGGGAGAGUUCCCUCCGGACCGGCCCCACAAGUGCCACUACUGCCCAGCCGCCUUCAAGAAGUCAUCCCACCUCAAGCAGCAUGAGAGAGCACACACAGGGGAACGGCCCUUCAAGUGUACCAGCUGUAGCAAACAGUUUCUUUCACUGAGUGUGCUCAAGUCCCACCACAAGACACACACAGGCCAGCGCACCCACAAGUGUGACCAAUGCAGCCGCCUGUUUGCCACCAGCGGCAGUCUGAGAAGACAUAAGACAAUCCAUUCCUCAGAACGUCCAUACAUGUGUCCAUACUGCCAGAAAACAUUCAAAACCAACACUAACUGCAAGAAGCACAUGAAGACCCACCGCCACGAGCUGGCCAUGGAGGCGGUGAGGGCUGCCGGAUCAAACCUGCAGGGUGACAACCAACAGGCACUGCUCACCACCAGCCUGUAUGGCCAGCAGUCCACGCCUGCACUAUCCGAGGCAGAUGUGUCAGAGCUGACAGGCAUGGCAGGAGUAUUCCAGGAGGGGGAUUUCCCUCUGUCUGGAGAGCUGCAGCAGCAGACUCAACACCAGCAACAGGAGGAACAAGCCACAGCUCAGGUUCUUCCAGCAGCCUUUGGGCAAGGUGUUGGCGAGGAAGAACUCACCUUGGCUGAUCUGCAGACUGGUGUAGAAAACUCCUUGGCGUCAGGAGAAACUGUGAUCAUUGGCUCCCAGCCACCGACCAUUACCACUCAUCUCAACACUUCAUCAGUACUCCUUCCCCAUUCCUCAGGAGGACAGGGCACUUCUGGCUCCUCAAUCCUCCUUCCACAUUCCUCUGCUUCCUCUAUUCUUCAGGAUAGCAGUACCACAUCCAUUCUGCAGAGCACCAGUGGCUCUUCCAUCCUCCUGUCCAGCCCUUCUGUCCAGGUGACCCAAACCUCCGUCCCAAGCCACUUCACUCAGACCAAUGCAGGAACCACCAUCCUCACCAUCCCUCAGUCCGCUGGGGGCAGCAUCCUCACCGUCCACCAGCCCUCAGUCAUCCAGGGACCCACUAGGGAGGAGACUGCCAAUGUUACCUCAGUGAUACAGUCUCAGCCCAGCAUCAUAAACCAGUCCCCUGCUUCACACUAUUCUGCCUCCGUUUCUUCUCGUCAAACAAUACUUGACCACAGCCAGGACUUCAAUUCCCUUGGAGAUCCUGGAGGGCUUGAGAUGGUCAACCUGCCUCCCUCCAUGAUCAACACUACCUCCCAGGUGCUGCCAGCCAAUCUGCAGCUUGAGGAAAACAGUGAGGCUGUCAUCACCAACACCACAGACCAAGCAAACUCAGGAGAAAGUCUUGGUGGCCCCACUGGCGAUGUGCUGACAGCCAGUCUGGUAGAGAGGGAUGAGGGGACCAGCAUUGUGCCCUCACAUUCUGCUGGUGUUGCUGCUGGCACUGAUGGUACUACUGCUUCUGCCACCACCACGCUGCUCGAGUCCAACUUUGACCACCAGGCCUUCUCGGACGGCUUCACCUUCCAUGUAACACCCACCCUGGACCUGUCAAACCUAGGCCAGGGAAGUGAGAUUCCCUCCUCACAACUUGUGCAGCUGCUGAGUUCUCAGGAGUCCAUCGGUGAGGUGUCUGACAUUACCCCGGCUGGAGACUCGCCCAGCACUGCUACACCAAGGAAGGAGCCUCAGGACUCCAUGGUGUCCGUUACAAAGAUGUACAAGUGUGGCGAAUGUAAGAAAAUGUUCCUCAAGCUGUCUCACCUCCGCUCCCACUGGCGAACACACACCGCUGACAAGGUGUAUCGCUGUAACACCUGCAGCAAAGAGUUCCUCACCUGCCAAUCCUUCAAGGAGCACCAGCAGCAGCACCUCCAAUCCUCAGAAAGCCACCAGUGCAACGUCUGUCCAGAGAAAUUCCAGACUUCAGCUCAACUUCUCAAGCACAUCCAAGGGGAACAUUCUAGCAUGUGGCAGUGUCCUGUGUGUGACAAGAUGUUCACAACUCCAGAGGCAUUCCAACGGCACAUCAAAGUCCACAGCAUCGACCUGCUCAAUGAAGCCUUUAGUAAAUCCAAGCAAGAUGAUGAUGGUGGUGAUGGUAAGGAGAAGGUUAUCCUCACUGCUGAGGAGAUGGAUACCAUUCUACAGCAGACAACUGAAGCCAACCUUAGUCUGGAGGAGGGUCAGGGGAAGCAAGAAGGUAAAAGUGGUGAUGGCAAGCAGCAGCGCUUGGCCCAGGAAGACAAGAACCUUCAUGUCUUGUACGGGAAGGACAGUGCAUCAGAGGAGGCUGACACACAAAAGCAUGCUCAUUCCUGCAAGACAUGCAGCAAGAGUUUUAAGAAACCUUCAGACUUAGUGCGACACAUCAGAAUCCACACAGGAGAGAGACCCUUCUCCUGUUCUCAGUGUAACAAGGCCUUUGCUGUUAAAUCUACUUUAGAUGUACACAUGAAAACACACACUAAGAAGAAAGAUUUCAUGUGCCACAUCUGCAACACAAUGUUUGCCACCAAAGGCAGCUUGAGCAUACACAUGCGACUACACACAGGUGACAAACCUUUCAAGUGCAAUCACUGCGGGAUGAAGUUCAGAACAUCCGGUCACCGCAAGGCUCACGUCAUCAAGCACUUCAAGGCCAUUCCGUCUGUGGCCACCAAAGCACCCAACAAACUAGACACUAUAAAUGAAGACGACAUAAACACAGAGGCUCAGGCUGAACAGACUGUGAUGGAAAUUCCUAAUGAGGAGAACCUCAAUCCUGUGAUAAUGAUGGCGGAUGGCACCGUCUCUCUACAUAUACACGGGCUCAAUCUAGGCAGCAUUGAUCCCUCGUCUCUGCUGAACAUCCAGCCCAUGACACUGGAUGAGAGUCUGCUGAGCCAGCUCCAGGCAUCAGGGGUGGCAAUGAUGGGUGCUGGGGAGGGCACUGGGGAUGAGGACGCUGAGGAUUCCAUUUCUGUCAAUCCCAAUGUGGUGAUGACUCAGCCUCAGAAUGUUCGUACUCCCAACAAUGAAGGUUUGGGCGAAUCUGACUUUGAGAUCUGCAUGGUUGAUGACAAUGGGAGGCUGGUGAGUGAGCCAACAGUCAGCAUACUGGAACAGAAUCAGCUGGACCAAGAUGCUGUAACUUCAUUUGUCCACAAUGAACUCACUCUCACUGACAUUGCUGUGCCUGGACAGGACAACACUGUGCAGUGCACCUUGUGCUCAAAGUACUUCUCCAAGGUGUCUGACUGGCAGGAACAUCUCAUGUCUCACAAUAUUUUCAUCAAAGUGGAACAGGAUUCUGAUAACAUAGAAAAGGACAUGCCAGAGUCUGUCAUCAUUCCCGAGACCAUACUGGAGGAAGCUCCUGUUAACUCCACUGCACUGCACUCCAUACAAGCUGACAAGAACACCUCGGGUCUGGGCAUUGAAGAAAUCAUGACUCCCAAGAUGGAAGUGGAUAAUAGUAGCAACUUAGAAAUAAUUACUCCUAAAAUGGAAGUGGAAUCUGAUAAUGGUAAUCUGAAGUGUAGCAUGCCAAACUGUGCCAAGAUUUUCCGGUAUGAGUCGAGCCUCAGCCAGCACAUGAUCACGCACCUAAAGCAGUACAGUUGCACUCGCUGUGGUGUGGUGUUUGGCUCUUCCACCAGCCUUCAGAAGCACAUCAAGUCGCACCAGAAUGAGAAUGAGGCCAAGGGAUUGCAGUGCGUGUUUUGUACUGAACACUUCAAUGCCAGGGCAGCUUUGUACCCUCACAUUAUUGACGAGCAUCUCCAGCUGGCUCUUGAGAAUCCCCUUGCCAUUGAAAAGGUAGGACUCAAGAUCAACUUCACCUCUGAAACACAGCGGGAGGGCUCCAUGGGGACCUCCCAGGCUGGUGGGGAAGAGCUCGAUCCACUGGAACUGUUUCCAACAGUAAACAAUUGAUUGCAUUGCUCAUCAGACGUGACUUUCUAUGUCUUGUGGAGGUGUUCUGUCUCCUUGCCAUUACAUCGGCUCAUCUGUAAACAUUCCCCAUUCACUAAUGUCACAACGACCCAAGCUUUCUGCGCUGAUCUCAUACAAACUCGUCACUUCUCCAUCAGUUUGCUUGUAAUGCACUCAUUUACAUACACAUUUUUUGUUGUGCAUAUUUUUGUCAGGUUCACCAAAGAUGGAAAGUGUCUCCACUGUGGUAGACAGAAAUUUGUUCAACAUGAGUUACAUUCCAAAGCCCACACCUUUCAGUGAAGCUUUUCAAACAAUGUUGCUUCCGUAAUUCUUAAAAGUGCAUGCAAUUUCAUUACUGUAUCCAUACAAGGCGAGAUCUUGGUUUGUGUUGACUCUCUUUGAACUGCUCCCCUGCAGUGCCAGUCCUCUUAGCACACUCACUGCCAGCCAAAUCCACUCUGCAAAAUUUAGCAAAUGCAACACUUUUUAUUUCUUUGCUCAACAUACAUGGAAAAAAUUGCAUGUGAUCUGCUUAGUGUGCAUUGACGGAGGUGUGGCAAAUAGCCCAACAUAAUGCAGCCUUUUCAGACACCUCAUGGUCUGUUGCAUGUAAUAGAGAGAAAGUCAAAGGUUUGAGGCCUAGGAAAUGAAGUGUUACUGGUGUGUGCUUAGGCUUUGAACAGAAUGAUUGAUGGAAUUAAUGAACUUAUCAAUCAUAGGAAUAUAUUUAUACAUUAAUUUUGUUGGAUUGUGGUUAGUUAAUCUUUGAUGUCAUGUUUACACUUCAAUUUCUACAUCACUUGUCAGCACAGCACACAUCAUUGAAGUCUCUGCCCUGCCUUGCCCAUGCUGAGGUCACCACACAGGCAUGGCCUCUGUGUAUGGACACUAUGUAGCAUAAGGAGUUUUCUUUGCCUUUCCCACCAUGCACGGUUUUUACAGAACAAAACAUUCUCUCUUAAACUGGCUAGGAGUUAGUGCCCUAAAGUUUACCUUCAAAACUCAACCCAUACACAAAUGAGGUAUCUGAAUGCCUCCAAUACUCAGACCUUGUGUUGGCAGCAGCAAGGCCAGUGGUGUGUGGUGUCCUGUGAUAGUGACACUAGAACACAACUCUGUGUUCCAGCCUCUGAAGCAACCAUGACACUACUCAUUGUAUUGCAUUAUCAUCAACCAAAAAUCUCACUAAUAUGAUAGUAACUUUAGUGUGCUUCCUAAGCAUCUAUAUUAUAUAUCCUUUGCAUUCAUUCAUUGUAUUAUAGCCAUUUCAUCUUCAUAUAUUUCUUGUACCUAUAACCAUUGCCUUUGUGUAUAUAGUAAACAUAUAUAAUAUAUUCUUUACCUCAGUGUACUACUAAACCUUUAACAUUCUACUGGGCAAGAGCCCAAGAAGCUUUACAUAAUAUUACUGGUAUGUAUGAUAUGAACUGCAGUUUCCAUUACCUUGCUGACUGACCUACCUACCUUGGCAUCAUCACUAGUUAGCACUGUCACCUCACCUGACAAAGUGAAGUACAAAUAUUUGCUGGCAUGCCCAAGUACAACCUACUACUACACUGUGAAUGCCAAAACAAUAUUCUUACCUUGACCUUCAAGUACAAGUACACCAAUAGGGAAGAAAGAAUAUCAGGCUUGUGCAGUUCGAAGGGAAUGUGAUAGUAGGAGUGAUAUUAAAUAUUCAGGCUAGUGAUGAAUCCUUAUUGAAAACGUACAUACACACAUGUGUAUAUGUAUAUGCCUGGUCUUUGGUAUUAAGACUGAAAUUGUAUCAUAUCUAUAAAUAUUUUAUAUUGUAAUUAAAAGUUAUACUCUUUAUAUAUGAUUCAGCUGCAAGCUCAGGAGCUGUUUAUAUGGAAGUAGUCUAUUUAUUUUUAGGGAUUAAUUUUUUCUGUAAAUGGAUAACUUAAAAAUAAAAAAAUAGUUUGUGGGCGAGUGAGAGUCGACUAUGGUGGAAAGGUGAUAAAGAGGCAGGAUGGAUGGAUGAUUGGACACUAAAGGGAUGUUAGGUGCUAGAGUGAUGCAUGUGCAGUGUGAAUGCAUGGUAGGGAUGAAUGGAGAGGUUGUGAAUGUAUGGAUGGUGAUAGUACAGCCUCAGCAGCCUCAACAAGAGUGUGGUGAGGUGGUGCAAGGGUCAGUGCUGGGCUUUGGUGCUGAGGGCUGGUCUCAAACACUGCAGCAUAUACAGUGUGAACAGAACAGACUAGUUUGUUUCCUGUUGAGGUGCUGAGGUGGAAGUGUGAGCAAGAGACAUGUCCAUAAAGACACCUCGUCUCAGUUACUUCCCUUCACAGGGAUGUUAACUUGGUAUUUAAAAAUACAUGGACUAUUUUAUUUAAUGUCAAAUUGUUCCCUAGUUGAAAUGAGCUUUGGCUGAUCUCGAAGACAAGAACAUUAUUUAGGACAAGUCCAGACAUCAACCUCCAAUGUUGGAGUUCCCUACAAAAGUGAAAUAUGUAACUUAUGUAAUUCAUAUAUGUAUGAUGAUAUUUUGCAGCAUGUUAUGUACAAAAUGUUAUGAGUUAGCUACUUAAUGUUUACAUGUACAUCUAGUCAGUCAAUACUUUACAUUAUUUGAUUUUUUUCUUUAAAGAUCACAAAAUAUGUAAUUAACUUCAAAGACAAAUACUCCUGUAUAAAUUUUAAAAUGUUGAUUCUUAAAAGAGCA